AUGGUCCGUCAGCUCUUGCUCCCCAUUCUCCUAGCAGCCCUUGUGGCUCGUGAUGCUCUCGCCGUCAUCCCUGUAGGUGGCCUCUGUGUCGGCAUCGCCGGACCAGUAAAAGACACUUGCGUGGAAGGCAGUGUCUGCUGCAACGUCUCUCCAGACAGGUCUUUGUGUACGAUUGUACCGAAGGGAGGGAAAUGCCCUGACAAGUUCAUUGAAGAAGGCGGAUUCUGUGCUGGAAUCGCAGGACCAGUUAGGGAUGGAACCUGUAUUGCUGGCACCAGUUGCUGCUACGUAUACCCUGACCUUGGGCUGUGCCUGUCACCAGAGCGCUGCGGUAAACCCGGCUUCCCAAAGCCUAUCGAGCCAAAGAGCGAUUAA